CUUUGAGAUAACGCUUUCGGACAGCUUGGGGGUUGAGCAAUCAGACCGGGGCUUAAACCACUGGCCUGAACGGAACUUCCUUCCUCCGCUGGUCGGGACGUAAAAAAAAAAAAAGAAAAGAGGCUUUAAAUGGGGACUAAGUUCAGCUUUUAGUCGCUACAUCAGCUUUCACAUCGUCCAACACAGAGGCUUACACCACGGGUAGCUUUUCUAACAUCGACAUCAUGAUUCCUACAACUCACGCGCUGCUCAUUUGGGUGCUUUUCCUCUGCGCGCAGGAGGAAACGGUUCAGUCCCAACGGGGACAUUGCACCGGGAAUCAGUGUUUUGCCCUUUUCCAGGAGCUCGGGGACUUUGCUGAAGCACAGAAAAGGUGCAAGGACUCCGGUGGACACUCAUUAAUGGUCAACUCGGAACACGUAGAGAAGCUACUGAAGAGCCCGCUCAGCGGUAGUUACUGGCUGAAGCACGACAAGAACGCUGCGGCGGGUAGCCAAAGCUGCCCCUGCAUCUCCGUGUCGGAGGGACGGAACAUCACGAUGUUGUCGAAGCCGUGCCGAGACACUCUGGACGGAUUCCUUUGCCUGUAUACAUUCGAUGAGCCUUGCAGUGGCUUGCAGGCAGCCGGAGACGCAACGGUAAAGUACACUUACGCGCCUAUGGACUUUGAGAUGGAGCUGGACGACAAGGAAACGUUCCCCCCGGGAACCAUCGCCAUUGCGAAAAAGUUAGACGGCAAAUACUUUGACUCGAAGCAUUUGUGUUUCUCGAGCCGUUGGCUGAAAGCUCCCUGGAACUGUGAGGUGCUGCAGGGCGGCUGUGAGUACAACUGCAGCUCUACAACAGGCGGCUGCGUCUGUCCCGCGGGGGAAAUACUCCAUCCCAACAACAUCGCGUGCACUGACUCGUGCCAGUCGAACCCGUGCACAGGUGAGGGCGAGGAGUGUGAAACCACCCAGACAGGGUUCACUUGCACGUGCAAAGAUGGCUUUGAAAAGGAGGAUGGAAAGUGUGUAGACGUCACAAUCUGUGAAAAGUGUGAGCACGAUAAGUGUGACAAAUCCAAUGGCUCUUAUAAGUGUGCUUGCCGGAAAGGGUUCAGGGUUUCCCCGCAUGACCCCACAAAGUGUGAGAUGAUCUGCACAGAGAGAGACUGUCCAAGCAUAUGCGUCCCUGAUAAUGCUAACGAGUUAAAGUGUUUCUGCAUUCAUGGCUACAUUCAAGACGUGAACCCAAAUGACACACUCUUCUGCACUGACAUUGAUGAAUGUGAGAGUGGUGGGCAUGAUUGUGCCCACCAGUGUGAAAAUCUACUCGGUAGUUACAGGUGUUUGUGCAAUGAGGGGUUCAAGCUGCUCCCCAAUAACUAUGAGUGUGUGCAAGAGCAGGAAGAAGAUGAUGAUGGAUCAGGUUCAACUGCUCCAUACCCCUCACCAGCUAGCCCCCGCCCAGCCACAGUAGUACCCUUUUACAUCAAGACCGGCAGCGCCAUGGGUAUCACCGUGUUCAUAGCGCUGUGUGCAGUGCUGCUGUAUUUCCUGAUCCGAAACGUGGUCAAGCGUUGCGGCAAAUUUGAGCUUUCCUCCUUCAAACACCCAGAUAUCGAUAUUUUCUAUCUGCAGCAGGUGACCACCGAGACGUAUAAGAGGAUGUCCUUCGACAAACAGUUUAAAAAUGACUCACCGACGAUACUUUAAUCACACAUUUUUAGUAGGCCGCUUUUCAUGGCACAUUUCACUGUUUUCUUUCCUCAGAGACGUCAAAUAUGGGACUUUUUUCCAUAGGCACUGUUCAUUGGAAACUGUUUAUUUAUCUAAAAAGCUGCAAUCUGUCACAUACUGUAAAGUCGUAGCAACCCAGUGUGGAUUUUUAAAAGAAAACAGCUUUCCGCUUUUUGAAUGUGAAAUAGAUAUUUAUAUGGAAUUGUUGUUUAUUUGCCUUAUAGGCUCCUUAUCAACCUUUUGGUUGCAGAAAUAGACAAAAUGGGGGUUCUCUAACAAGUGGGAACGUUUUAGAGUUAUAAUAUAGGGCUGCAACUGACGAUUAUUUUCAUCGGUUAUUUUCUCGACUCAUCGAUUAGUUGUUUGGUCUUUAAAAUGUCAGAAAAUGGUGCAAAAAUGUCGAUCUGUGUUUCCAAAAAGCCCAACAUGACGUUCUCCAAUGUCUCGUUUUGUCACACCUAAAAUCUUUACUGUCGCAGAGGAGUAAAGAAAGUAGAAAAUAUCACAUUUUAAAAGCUAGACUAAAAAGUUACUCUAACCGACUUAUCAAUUAUCAAAAGAGUUGACAACUAAUCGACUAGGCUUUGCAGCUUUAUACAUAACAAAAAAAAGAUGCUGUUAUAUGUUAAAAAGUAUCAUAGUAAUGGUACUUAAAUGUUACCAUGGUCACUUUUUCUUAUUAUAGACGCAGUCUCCUCAGACAAUUACAAAUCCAGCAAUAUAAACCAUUUUUUUUGUCUUUGAAAGACAAAAUUCUCUCCUAACAGCAGCAGCUUUAUGUUUGAUUGCACUGUGUUGCUGUCUAAUGACUCUCUAUACUGCACUGUAGUUAAGUUAAAAAGGAAAACAAAACGUGCCUUGGUCUUUGCUUGAACUCUUCAUUUUGCAUUCAACAAGUUUAAUUUUGCGUAUCACAAGUAUGCGAUAUAAUGAAUGUAACAUUCCACAUAUUGGUUGUAAUAUAGCCUAUACUGUAUUUGUGAUCAAGGGCGCAAUUUAACGGGGGGGGGGAGGGGCGAGAGAUGCAUUUUUUCAGAAGGCAGUAUUGGUACAUUUUUUAUUUUAAACAGAACACUAAAAAUGUUAUAAAAACAUACAGUUUUUGGUUUAAUUGAGGACCCAAGAGAAAUGUUACGUUGUUACUCGGUCAAAAUAACCACAUAUUGGUGUGGCUGAAUAACCCAAUGGAAAUAAUAUAAUUUUAAUCUCCAAAAGUGCAAGAGAUAAAGCAAGUUUAUUUCUUUCAUACUUUGUAACAUAUUAACAUGUAAAAAUGCAUUUAGCUCCACACUUGUCAGCAAGUAUUUGUAUCUGUGCCUGUACUAACUGUAUCACCUUUGGAAUUUAAAAUUCCAACCAUGUUUGUGAACUAGUUCUAAUAACUGUCUGUAAACCGUCUUUAUGUUUCUUAUUUUUUGGUAAAAUAACACUAUUUAUUGUCUUUCGUCAAAUGCAAAUUAUGUUUUUUGUUUUCCACUGGCACGACGACUGCUCAUGAAAAUAUGUUCCAUGGCUCUGCAUUUGGAUGUAUGACAUUUGAGACAGAUACAUAGUGUCUAUGUCUAGUAACUAUUUAAUUUGGGAUGUAUAGGUUGCGUUAGGAACUGUUUCCGAUGCAUAUUAACUCAUGGCGGCGCGUACUCAGGCUUUACGUACCAUUUUCACAUGCAUAUACCUGAUGGGUAUCAUUCCAAAAAGAUAAAUCCACAUUCCGAAAUAUCCAAUGUUUAGGUUAGUUGUAGACUUAAAGAUAUUGGUAUGUCUGUGCAUACUUUGGAGAAAAAAAAGUCCACAUUCUGUUCCACUUGAACAGUGAAUUGUGACUCUGCAGGUCUUGAUUUGGGAACACACUUCAUUCUGAGACUACAAUAAUCUGUGCCUUGUUACCACUGACAUUAACAUGAGCUUGAAUGUUGUCACCUUGACUGUAUAACUGAUUGCUCUCGGAGCCACAGAUGCUGUGCUGCCGGCUUUGAGAGGACAGCUAAACAUGAAUGUAAAAGGAUGCUGCUAUGGUCUACAUAUAUGAAAACACAAAGUUCUAAUAUGCCCAUCCACUACUGUAUAUGUCUGUAUAACAGGCUUAUUGCAAGCUUUCACUUGUUGCAGUGUUUCAUGUUUGAAAUAAAGUGACUUAAAGUUGG